CUUAGAGAUGAAAAGCUGGCCUGUUUAUCACCUAAAUGUCUGAAACAAUGUUGAAAGAUGCAUGUGCUACAACAUGUAGUGAAAACUCGUACAACAUUAACAUAAACAGUGGUCAGAAUGAAUCUGAUCCCAAAAUACUUAAAUGUGAUAUUUGCAAUCUGACAUUCAAGCGAAAGUAUAACUUAACAUUACAUAAGAUCAAACACGAAGGAUCCGAAAAUCUUGAAUGUAAUAUGUGCGGUAAUAUUUUCCCAAAAAAUCGAUUUUUAAGGCAUGUUAUGGUACAUACUGGUGAAAGACCGCAUGUCUGUAAUAUUUGUGGCCGUGGCUUUAGAUUAAAUCGCGACCUUAAACAACACAGUUUUACACAUACUGGUGAAAAACCCUACGCGUGUGAUUUUUGUGGUCGAAGAUUUCUGGAUAAAAGUGCACGUAGAAAACAUUAUCAGACUCAUACAGGUGAGAAACCGUACAGUUGUGAAAUCUGUCAGCGAGCCUUUACACAAAUAUCACACUUGCGAGAACAUCAAGUUACCCAUACAAAAGAAAAGGCACAUACAUGUGUGAUGUGUAAUAAGAAGUUUACUACCAAAAGUAGCUUACAAAGGCAUGUCUUAACUCAUGCUAAUACUUGUGAUGUAUGUGGGCAAACGUUUACGACAGAAAAUAAGCGGGAUCGUCAUAGAGAAAUGCAUAAUGUAAACCGACCAUUUCCAUGCCCUUUGUGUGAUAAGAGUCUUGAUGUUUGGAAAAUAAAAUAAAUAAAAAGAAGGGGGAUAAACCUGAAACAUGGACACAGGUAAACUUUCAAAGAAAUAAUAAUGAAUUUAGAGAGCUCAGUUUUACAGUGGAAUCUGUUGUCAAGUCUCCAAAUAAUACUGAAAAUCUGGCAGAGCCUGAAGAUGUGCAACCAUGUUAUUCGUAUUAUGCCCUUAUGUGAGCCACUUUUAGAAUCUACAUGAUCUACCUUUGAAUAAUUUCAAAAUGGCCACAUCACAAGUAGCAUUUUGCAAAAAGGAAAGCAAACUAAUAUAAAGACAAUAGCUAAAAAUAUGUAAUUACCUGAAUUACUAAAUUUUGGAAAAAUUUCAAAAUCUAUAUAUAUAAAGAAGAAAGUCUGUGUGUUUGUUUGCUAAUAACUCAGUCACUACGAUAGCUAUCGUCACCAAUAUAUAUAUACUAGCAAUACACCAAUAUAUAUAUAUAUAUAUACUUCUAUAUACUAGCAAUGAAAAUACCCUAGAAAGAGGACAAAGAAAGACUUUGCUUUCUGUUAUUGAAGAAACAAAAAAAGCCAAGACAAAUGUGAAAAUGAUGAUAAACUGUUUUUAUUGAAUCUUUACAGUGAUGUCUAAAGAUAAAAAAUUAGGAACAAAAAUACAUCUUUUAUAAAUUAUGGCAUUAAAUAAAGAAAAUUAUUUAUAUGCAUUGUUUUAUUUACAUAUUAAUUUAAUUUCAUAAGUAUUUAAAAAAUAAUUUACAUAGAAAAUGCUUUGCUUUUUUGCCAUGGAACAGCUCCUUCUGCAGAGAGAUAAUCACAAAAGCCAUCUUGAACUGCAGCUGCAGCAUGGGUUGAAUUAUUGGUCCCUUGAUGCCCAAGAAGCUGCCAUGUUCUCCUGAGCAUCAAGCACCUUCUUUAAUGGAGGCAUUCGAAAGAAUAGAAUCAUGAAAGUUUAAUGUACAAUACUUCCUAGAUACCUUUCCCAUCUCAUUUUUCAUUAAGUAACUGUGAAAGUAAAGCAUACUCUGAGUUGAGAGCAAUUUCAAUACUAAGUACUCGCCACCUAGAAGCCAGUAUGCCAAAAGCAUUUUCAACGCAUUUUCUUGCUCGAGAGAGAGCCUAUAAUAAAAAAUGUUUCUUUCAUUCAAGAGAAAUUUGCCUGGAUAAAUGCAGAAAAAUUUUUCCCGACUAGAAAAGCCUCAUCUCCAACAAAUACAAAAGGUAAAACUCCAUCACUGUUUAAUAAUGGCGCUAAAAUCGGCAAUGAAAAGAAAAUUUCACUGACCAAAGCUUUGCCUGGAGUACAGUUAUUGAAAUUCCACCAUCACUGAUAUGUCUAUAAUUACCUGAAUCAACAUAAAGGAAAGUAUAAUUAGCAUCUACCACUGCUAUUAGAGCUAUGCUGUCAUAGCCCUUAUACAGUACAAAGUCCGUAAUCCGAACUCAUCGGGACUUCAGUUUUUCCGGAUUAUAGAUCAUCAGUUUAAAUCUGGUAAGAUGGCAUGCAGAAAUUAUACAAUUAACAAUAUAAAACCGUA